AUGAGCAUUCGAAGGAACGCGGGUGGCGCCCCGCCUGCCCUUCCGCCGCCCAAUUCAAAGAUCAGCGGCUCGUCUUCGCGACUGGCUGCUGCGCCGGACGCAGAGGAGGACGACAUGUACAUGACCAUGUCCGCCGUCCCGACUCGAUUGGCCACUCAGCCACCGACGCUGCCGCCUCGCGAGUUGACCUCUUCCCCGACGCUGUCUUCGUCGUCGUCAGUGUCGAUCAACUCGAUGGGGUCUACAGGAGGCCCGAGCUCUCAGGCUGCUGCUGCUGCUGCUGCUGCCGUCAGCGGCUCGGCCUCGUCGCUCCCAGGAUCGCCGCUUGCCGCCGCGUCGUCCCCAAUCGCCACUGCGACGGCUGCUGCUGCCACCGUUGCUGACACUCCGGCAAAGGAGAAUGGCACCGCUGCCGACAAGGCCGGCCUGCCUCAGGUCGAUGUUGACGAGGCUCCUUCCCAACCUCCCGCCACAAAACAAGCGAGCGGUCUGCAGCGGGCGCCGUCAUCGGUGGUCCAACCGCGCGAGGCCACUCCAGGGUCCUUUCGAGUGCUCACCCCGGCCUCCGUGUCCGUCACCCUCAAGGGCCACACGCAGCGCCUCGUCGCGUUCACCAAACAUUUGCAAGAAUUCAUCCACCAGAUCGCCUUCCUCCAGCGCCACCAAGCAGCUCAGAUGAAGGCCUUGAGCUCGCAGUUCAAGCGAAAGUACGAUGAGAAGUUCCAAGCUUUCUCAACGCAUGCUCCCCAGCUUGACAAGCUGUGGCAGGUCGCCGAACUGUCGUGCAGUGCCUCUGCAGACACGCUGGAGUUCGGCGCAGGAGACUUGCUCAACGUUUCCGAAAGCUUGCAAGCGUUCUUUGUGCAUAACGAGACGCUGCACAACACGAUUUUGGUCAACCGACGCAAUGCGGAAAGCGCCCUUGCGAACGAGGAAACCUCCGUCAAGAAUGUGCAGCGCAUGUACAAAGAGGCAAGCGAACGUGCCGAAAAGGCCGAGAAGGACGACAAGAAGCUGAUCAAGCUGGGUCCAAACAAGGACAAGCUGCUUGCGUCGCGUGAUUUGCUCCACAACGAGUACGUGGCGCACCUCGCCGCUACUCGCCGCCACUUUGAGAUGUAUCACACAAUGGCGUUGCCGCAAACGUUGGACGCCAUGGAAGCGCUGCACACGAUUCUCGAGUUCCGCGCGAAAGAUUCCCUGUCCGCCUAUGCCGCCAUUACACAGAAACGUCAAUUUGAACUGAUUGCAGGCUUUGACGAACUUGUUGAGCGCGCCGAAGCGUAUGAUGCUGUUCGGGAGAACGAACAGUUCGUGGCAAGCUUUGGUGCUAUUGAAACCGGUGAUGUGCCUGUUUUGUCCUUUGUGCCUUUUGGCGAGGACGACAAGGAACACAUUCUUUUGAGCAAGUUCACUGCUGACGAAAUUGCAUCUCGCAAGAUCAAGCUCCAAGACACCAUUUCGCAAACGGAAUCCGACAUUACAAAGAAAACAGCUGCCAUUCAAGACAAACGCCACCAGAAACGGGAGCUCAUCCUCAAAUCCAAGGAUAGCGAGGCCGCCAAUCUGGAGGUCGAAGUUCUUGCCAUGCAGACCGAGUUGAACAAUUUGAAAAUCACGCACGCGAAGGCGCAGGCCCAAUUUACCGUGUACAGCUCGCUCGACUUUUCCGCUGUCUUGCGAACACCACCCCAAACUCGCGCAUCGAUGGCCCAGCUUCCGAUUUCAACAACAUCGCCGGCUGCGGCGGCUGGAGCGUCGCCUGCUGAUGCUAAACCUCAGCUUCCCCAGCGAAACUCGUCGGUGUUGAAUUCGCCAGCUUCCAGCCGUGUGGCGCCAGGCACUGUGGACGCUCACGAAACGGCAGAUGGGGCGGCUGCUCUAGGAAACGCGCGCCACAAAUCAUUCGGAUCUGCCAGCGGACUCUCGUCACUCUCCAACAACAGUCGCGCGAGCUCUUCGACGUCGAUCAGUCAGGAGGAGUCUGCUUCUGCCUCCAAGGACGAGUACCUGGACGUGGACACUCUCUCUCCUUCAGCCGCUGCAGGCCAGCGCAAACUUCCCGCACGACCGUCCAACCUUCCGCCCAUUGCUUCCGGCGCGGCGACCGGCGGUGCUCCCACGAGCAUUCCGUCUCGUCCCCAAUUGCCUCCGUUGCGCACAAAUUCUACAGUUAGCCCCGCUGCCGUCAAACCCGCUGUACGUAGCUGCAAACAGUUUUGA